GAUAUAGGCAAGGGCCUUUGCGGCUACGGCUACGGCAUGAGUGUCACGCUGACAUGGCUCACUUCUUUUGCAGGAGGCCUGCGGGUGGAGCGCUGUGCUUCGGAGGCUUGCUGUCAUCUUUGCAUGAAGACCACGGAGCAGAGGAGGAGGUGGCCCAACGAAGAAAGCUACCGCCUGAACAGCCGCGGUCUGGCUGGAUCAACGACGUGGUGGCCAGAGCAAUAGUGCAGGCACGCAAAGGAGAGCCCAUCUUAGAGUUGAUGACAGCAGCACAGCAGAGGCGCUUGCUGAGUGGACAGAAGGUGAAUGUGAAAUACCUCCAGAUGGUCGAGGCCAUGAAUUCCGAGAAUCUUCAGGCAGCUUUGACGGAGGUGGCAAUGAGAUUUCAGAAGAGAGCGAAUGCUAACAAGUACGGCCUCGGUCCGACCUGGCGACAGAGGGCCUGGGAGAUCGUGGAGCUGCUGCGCCAGGCCGAGGAAUUGAAGGAGGACUCCGCGCAGUGUUGGCGUCGGCGCUUUGUGGUGGAAACCCUGAAGGCUCAUCGGAUCCUUGAGAACAAGGAAAGCUUUGCAAGCAAGAUCCAAAGGAUGGAAGAUUUUUGGCCACAGUUUCAUCACAUCUGUCGACAUGCGGAGGAUCUCGCCCAGCUGGUCCCACUCGCCGUGGAGGCCGAAGGAAAGGAGAAGGCUGAGAACACGGAGAACACGGAACAUGCGGAGCUCCAGCCAUCGCCCUCGCUUCCAGAUGAUCGGUGCCCGCGCUUGGCCAGAGGUGUUGAUUGGAAGACGCGAGGAUCAAGGAGCCGAUGGUGUGCCCAGUCAGCCUUUACCAAGGAGGAGGUCGAGGACGAGCCCAAGAUGAAGUGGUCGCGAUCCUUGUCCUUGCGCCUGGAGGAGAGCAGAACAAUGCUGGUGGAGCCGCUGCGAGAUUCGCCGAAGAAGCUGCGGCACCUGAUGAUUCGCAGGCCCGUGAAGAAGGAGGCCAAGUCACCCAAGCCGCGGGUGGUGGUCACCGAGGCAACUCCACAGGCUGAGAGCGUCAAGGGGCCAGCGUCUCCGUGGCAGCGGCGACCAUCGCGGAGCAAGAAGAAAGACGAGGUCAUGGUGCCGGGCCAGCUGCUGACGAAGGGAGGGAUCACCAGUUGGAGCGAUCUGGGAUUGGCCCGCAGGAAGUCUUCCAGUGGACUCAGUGGUGCCAGUGCUCGGACGACCUCGGAGUCUUCUCCGGUGGCGCCGGCCCGGGCGGUCUCAAUCAUGGACUCCAGGCCCACAUUGCCAUCGCUGCUGUCCGAACCUCUGAAGAAGCGCGCUCGGAGGCCGGUGUCCGCUGCGGCGGUGCGAAGCACCAAGGACACCACCGCGAAUAUUUACUUGCAGGCCUGUGAAAGCCAGAAGCUCUUGCCCAGGCCUUCGCCCAUCAUCACCGGGCACUCCGGGUGCCUGGACGGCCGAAGCUUGGAUGAUGGGCAGCUGCGCGCGUGUCGUGCGGGGCUGGCAGAGGUCUCAGUGGAAAUGGUGGAUCUGGAGGGGAAUUCGUUCCUCUCGGACGAAGCCAUUGGAGACUUCCUCGCGUCACUGGGAAGCCCCCCGAGCUUGUCGUCUCUUCGACUGAAAGGCUGCUCCGGCGCUGGAUCUCACACUGCCUCAGUCAUGCUCCAGUUGAUGCCAGACUUCAACAACUUGAAGACCUUGGACUUGAGCAGCAUCAAGCUCACCAUGCAGGCGUUCAGCAGUAUGUGCAGCGUCAUUGGAAAGCAUCCGCGCAUUGAGUCUCUCUACUUGGCAGAUCUGGGAAUUGGAGCAUCAGGCCAAGCAGGUUCCAGCUCUCUCGUGCCCUCCUUGGAUGCUUUGCUAAGCAGCCGCACCUUGCGGGAGUUAGAUCUCAGUUGGAAUUUGCUGGACAGUGAGGUCCUUGUCAACCUUGGAACUCAGGUCCAAGAAAGCCAGCUGAAGUGCCUUCGCAUCGCCGGCUGCGCAUCACUGGUUUCCAAGGACGGACAUGAUGUGAGCCAAGCAGCUUCCUUCUUGGAGCAUUUGUCCCACUCGUGUCCCUUAAAAGAGUUGGACAUCUCAUUGAACCACAUCGACUACAAAGCGGCCAUGGUCUUGGAGGACUUCUUGUCGCAGAACUCGCGCUUGACGGCUUUGGAUUUGUCGGAGAACCCUUUGGGACCAGUGGGGCUGCGGAGCCUCAUCCGACUGCUGGUGCGAGAGGAGUCGGGCUUGGACCGGCUGCGCUUUGAAGGCUGCGCCAAGGGAGAGCAGCCCUCGGCCAUCGCAGAUUUGCAGUUCAUCAGCACCAGCAAUCCUGGUGGCCGCUACUCGCUGCAACUCGACCGACCGGAUCACCGCUCAGUGUUGAGGAUGCUCUAUAAGACCUGCGAGCGCUUGGGGAUUAGUCCGGCCGAGGCCUUCUCGCAGCUCAGCUACUCCAAAGGCAACUAUUCGCAUCCAGUACGUAAAGAUGGCGUCUACGAAGUUUGCACGGAGGGCAGGCUUCAAACAACCUUCAAGGUAGAGAAGGCCAUUCAUCCAUUGAUGAAGGUGGAAGACGAUGCCUUCGAAGACUUCUUCCAUCAGCGCAAUGGGCUCAUGAGGCUCUAUCCAUCAGAGAGGAAACAAUUGGUGCUCUUCAACGCAUGGAGGAAUGUGGUCAAUGUGGAUCCAGAUCAGGCAGUCUUUCUAAAUGCCUUGGCACGCGAUAUCCACCUGCCCUUUGCCCUAGUGCAACAGAUGUGCACCUCGUGCCACAACUCUGCAGAGGUGGUCUACAGGCUCUUCCCCUCCUUUGCAUCGUACGCUACCCAGAAGUGUCUCCUCUUAAUGAAGAAUGUGCGCUCCAUCACCGAUGUGACUCAAAUCUUGGGCUAUGUCUCCAAGAUGAUGUUCUGCAACAUGGAGAACCCCACGGGUCACUACAGGCUUGAUCUCUCAAAUCCUGCAGACUAUACCACAGCACAGAACCUGGUCUUGCUGGACAGCUGGGAGAUGUCUGUGAAGCGUCGGCAAGGUAAAGUGGAUGUCUCCCAGACCGGCAAUGGCUCACAGGUCCGCAACAUCCUCUUCCGGGAUCAGCCAUUGGAGGCUCCGAUCGUCUCUGAGUGGCUCUUGCCCGAGGCGGGCAAGUUGGAACUGGACUAUUCCAGCUCCAGGAGACCUCCAGGAGGUGCACAGGUCUUGGAUGCUGACACCUUUCAACGGAUGCUCAUCGCUUUGCAGGAUCAGAACUUCUACAAGAAGGGUAUUGCUGGCCACAAGAACGAGGAGAACGCCACAGCAAAGCAGGCGAAGCUUCCCCGCGAUGACAUGCAGGCCUUGAGGAUGGUUGCGCACUUGAUCUAUGUCACAGCGCUUCAGACUCGAGCCUUGCUGGAGUGCUUUCUGGAUGAGAGUGACCGAGAAGAUUGCCUCGUGACACUCUUCAACCGCAUCGCCGACCUACACAAUGAGAAGGUCUUCUCAGUCCGCUUUGAAGAGAAGGAUCAGGGUGAACAGGUGAACCGGCUGCGGAAGAGAUUGGGUUCCUUGGUCUUCUUCCCGUGGAUUCAGCCGGAGCAGGCACGCUUUGCGCUGUGGCUUGAGAAUGUGGAUGACAGGGCUGCCCUGUGUGCCAUCAUUCACUUGGCCAAGAAGGAGAGGAUGAGCAAUAUCCAGAAGCCUCGGUGGAUCAAAGCGGACGGGACUGAGGAUCCGCUGACCUUUGGUUUGCCUCGCAGUUGGGAGACCUUCUUGAGCAUCCCAACGGGGGGCGUGGUGUACAUGAGCUACAAAUGUGCUCCCGAAGACCGACACUUCAAGGCUCGAAAAGCACUGCUGGAGACCUACAGCAAUUGGCCCUGCGAGGUCACAGAAAACGAGGUCCUUUGGUGGGCUUCCACCAAUGAGGUCCCGGUCGACGUGAUGGAGUUCCUGGAGUUUUUGGUCGAAGAAUACGACGAUGUCUUCGAGGCCUUCGAUGAGAUCAAACGCCCGACUGCGACCAUCCUGACUCUUCGGGAUUUCGAGCAGGGCUUGAGGCGCUUGAAGUGCACCAAGUUCCAGGGCCGUCGUGAGAUGGAGCAGAUCACCGGUGUCUUUCGCUAUUUGGACCCCAGUGGAGAGGGCCAAGUCUCUCGCAAUGAGUGGGGCAUGUUGGAGCUUCUGCACAAAGAGAUGGUGUAUUCGAUCAAGGAAUUCGUCCAUUUCUGCCAGCGUUCCUUUGGGAAUGACUUGAAUGCCGCUUGGGCGGUCUUCGACAUCAAUGGGGACAACUACAUCUCAGAAGAGGAGUGGAGCAGCGUAGCUCGAUCAUGCUCAUAUUUUGGGCCCAUCUUGCCGAUCUUCCGCUUCCUGGACAAGGAUGACGAGGGCAACAUCUCCUUUGAAGAAUUCGAGGAGUUGCAGAAAUUCCACGAUCCUCCCAAGCCGGAUCUUAAGGCCAUGGAGGAGGCUCGUGAGAUGCUUGUGAGGCAUGGCAGCCUCAUGCGGGAGCUUUUGCCGACACGUCUCCGACUCCGUGCACAUCUCAAGCGAGCGCGACACGCCGGCGAAGGUGGCCGGCCACGGCCCAUGCUGGAUGAGGCGACACUGGCGAGCAUACAAAAGGCCAUCCCUAGAAGUUCCUCCACGAUCGGCACGCGAGUCGUGAAUGCUGUGGACCGCCUUCUGGCCUCGCAUCAAGUGAAGCCACGACGGGUAACCAUGAUGAAGGUCAACCACUACAAGGAGGGCCUUCGGGAGUUGAUCUGCGACGUGGAGAUUCCGGAGACGGUGUCGCCGGUGGGCCUUCAACGAGCUCUACAGGUCUCCCUGGAGGGGGCCGAAGGGUCGAGUUUGCUCCAUGCGUUGCGAAUGGCCUGCGCUCAAGUGAGCACUCUCGAAGUGGAAGUCAGGCCCUCGACCGAGCGGCUGGUGAGCAACCUGCGGAUGGCCAUCCCCUCCACCGGCAUCAACGCGCGGCGGGCGGACACCGUCAUGGAGGCCGCUCUGAAACGCAGCCGAGUCUACAAGGGCUUGUUGGACUCCCCUGGCAUGGCAGGGCUGGUCGCCAGGCCAAGCAAAUGCCUUUGUGGGGGUCAGCUCGUGCCUCACCUGCCAGAGACCCGACGCGAUCCUCCGUGGCAUGGAGUGAAGGAACUCUCUGGACUCCUAGCUCUAGCAGGGGCUGCACACAAGCAGUUGAAGGAAGCCUUGGCGCCCGGCAGCAGCUGGGCCAAAGGCGUUUGGGGCGACCAGGUUGCCCGCACGCAUGGUUGCCGGACUUUCAAGGGAAGCACCACGCUUCUGCCCAAGGGAAGCUUCUUCGAUCCAGGUGUCAAGAAGAGGGAAAAGCUGUCCGAGGAUUUGCUGUUGGCCCAGCGCGUUUACGAACAGCAGGAUACGGCGGCCCACGACCUCUUGGCCUCUGAAGUGCAUGUCCAUUUCGAUUCCUUGAGUGAUCUCUGUGAGGCCUGGGACAUUUUAGAAAGCAAGAUGGAGGUUGUUUGGGUGAAGAAUAGGUUUGGAGAACCGGACUUCUUUGGAUAUCCCUGUGUGCAGAUUGGUGUUGAACAGCAGGUCCAAGAUCCUCGCUACAGCAGCAAGGAGUGCAUCCUUUCCUACAUUAGCCAGAUCACCUUGCACUACGUGCCUCUCUUUGAGGCAAAGACAAGUCCAACUGCGCGAAGACUUCGGGAGGAGCUGCAAGAAGCUCUGGCGAAGUGCGGCAUCAACGGGAGCACCGUCCACUUGGCUGAGGCUGUGGUGGCAGAUUCAGCCGACUGCACGCGCAUUCAAAUGCGGAGAAGCGCCAUUGCAGAAGUUGAGCGUGUUUUGGCCUUUCUGGAGAGGUAUGCCAUGCAGCUGGAAGAAGAGGAGCGUCGCCCCGCUUCGGCCCUCUUCUGGGACGCUGUGACGGUGGCGGAAAGCUUCGGUUGUUCCCGCUCGGAGAUUCUGAAUGGGCUCUCCAGACACAUGUCGGUGCUGGUGAAGGCAACACUGGGCAUCACGCUUCACCAAGUUUUUCAGGAUGCCCCUCAGCCACCGGAAACGCAGGCGCCACGGCGGCCAGUGCUAACCAGGAUCACCGCGAGAGUUAGCUCCCUGAAGGUGGAGAGCGUGCAGUUCCACUUCAAGGAUGGACUUCAGAAGGCCUUUUCCGCACGCCUCUUGCUGGGAGAUGUUCCAUCAGAGAGUACAAAGCAAACGGAGGUCAGCUACGAUCUGGAUGGCGAUUAUAUCGUGGCAGUUGAGCAGGGCGCUGUGGGGCACAGCGGAAGCCUGGGAGUCCAGUUGCUCUUUUUCACCGCGAAGGGUCAGGUGCUGACCGUCGCUGGACGAAAACACGAAGCACCACCAAGCAGGGUUCGUUUUGAAGUCCACCCCGCUGAGCAAGUCGUCGGGUUAGAGGUGGAGUUCGGCCGCAUUGUCGGGAUUCAAAGCGCUUUGAUCCCAGUGGAUAGUGACCUUGAGGUCAACAGCUGAAACACUCACAACCGCGUGCUGCGUAUCCAAACGUGACCAUCCUGGGCCAAAGAUGCCAUCCGAAUGGAUCGGAGAUGCCUGGGAUGUACGCAAAUUGGCUGACGGCGGUUCAAACACAUACCUUCCGGGGCUCGAGGAGCGUAAAAUGGGUUUCCAAUUUGC